AUGGCUUACAAAUGAUAUCGCUGAAAGAAAGAAAAACAUUCAUUCAUAAUUAUACUUUUAUAAAAUAUUAAUUUGAAUACUAAAGAUUGUUAAACAGAAUAUAAUGUUGAGUAGUCUUUGUUGUUUUGAGGUUGUGAUGAUGGUGAUGAUGAUGUUUUGUUUAAGAUAUUGAGGUUUAAUGAGGCUAACAAUUUAAUAAACUCUAAGCAGAAAGACUAGAAUCAUUUUUCACAGUCAACAAAUUUACAUACAUGAGUAUAUGUAUACAUCUGUUUAGACAUUAAUUACGAUUUAGAGUGAUAUGAUAAUAAUCGGUGAUGUUUAUUCUUACCCAGUUAGUUUGGGAAGCAUAAAAAUCUUUUGGAUUGGAUUUAUUUGGGUCGAACAUAGAAUGUAUGAAUACCACCUGAUCUAACUUAUCUACUAGUUGUUAAACAUUUUUCUUCGAAAAUUAUGUCUCUGCAGGUUGUUUGAUGGUCUGUAUUUUUGAUCGCAAAUAAGUUAAUCGAAAUACAAGAAAUACAAGUUUAACACUACUAUGACUAAGAACAAUAAUCUUUGGAAUGAUAUAAACUACUUAAGGAUAAACAACAUAAGAUCAGAAUUAUCUAGAAAGUGAAACUGUAAGGAGGUCAAAGUCAUUCUAAAGCUACAGAACUAAUCAAAAGGAAAACAGUGAAUUGAAAUAAGCAAAGCAACUGAUUGCAUAUCACAAGGAUGACCAUUUAACUAUUCAAUGAAUCACCGGACUCCUGUAGGACUGAGAUAUUUUCACCGAGUGGUCUCUGAGUAGUAAUCAAUCCCCUUAUUUUAUAGGCUAAAGUGCCAUCAUGCUAGGCUUUUGAAUUUAUGCUGAGGGAUAAUGAAGCGUUCAGGAUUAGUGAAAUAACUGACAGGCUCAAACAUGUAACUCAAGGAAAUCAUACUAUGGUUUUAACCUAGACCUUUCCAGGAGCAAUAGUCCUGUGAAUUGAUAUCCUACCUACCACAAAGAGCAUAUUUCAGUACAUAAUGUAAUAGGUUUGACGUCGAGCUACAGAAGAUACACAAGAGUAUAUAAUUUUUUAUUCCCCAUCAAAUUCGAUCUUUAGUCGACAUCAAUUAUUCACAUCAUAAUACAAUGGUGUUUCUAUCUUUGUUAACAGGAAGCAUUCAGAGUUACGAAUAGAACACGUCAUAACUAAUGACACUGGUAACUACUCCUGUCGAGGAGAAAGUCAACAGAAUCAAAUAAGCAAAUGGGUUUUUGUUUCGGGCAAGUUUUCCUUUAUAAUGUUCUCUUACACGUUACAUUACUUAGACAAAUAUUUGAAGGGGUUUUGUGGAUAUUAUAGUAAUUCCAUUAGUUGAGGUCAUGAGAUUAUACUGGCUCUGUGGUCUGGAGGUUGAGCGUUAGCGCGCCAGACCGAUAGGUCCUGGAUUCGAAUCUUACGAGGCGAGAUCGUGGAUGCCCAUUGCUGAGUUCCAUGAACGCUAUUGACGAGCAAAUCUGUCAACAAAAUUUAUUCAGCUUGUCCAGUGAAUAUUUGCAAUAUGGGGACAUGUUUCAUUAUAAAUAAUAAUUCACUUUGUAGAUGUCCGGAGACACAUACCGGUGAAUUUUGUGAUCAACUUGUGUCAAAUGAUAAAAUCACAAAUAAAUUAAUCAUGAAUACACAACCAAUUAAAAAGAAUUUAAACUAUCUGCAGUCGGAUUCAAAAUCAUCCUCGUCAGUUGACCUAAUUAAUUCUGUAUCAAUUUUAAAUGAUAAUAAUAACAAUCAACCUAAGCAAAAUAUGCAACUAUUAUCAGAAAUAAAACGUGAAAAGUUCGAUUUGUGUACUCUUCCUGAGUUUCAAUUUACUACUGAUUGUCUACAUGUCAAAAGUCAUUUAGCUACAUUCAUUGGCACUGCAAUCACAUGUUCAAUGAUCAUAUUGCUAUUAACAUUCUGUGCAGCAUACUUUAGAAGGAAAAAACUCUUAAACAAAAGAAAACAAGACUGUAAAUGUCUAUCGAAAGAAAAUAAAUCAGAACCUAUAAAUUCUAUUAAAUCAGCUGAUCAUAAAUCAUCGUCUGUUAUGAGAGAUACUAUAAAUAUUUUUAGCAAUGAUGAAGUUAAACAUUCAUUCAGUCCAUUUAAAUCGGUAUCAUUUGAGGGUACAUUAUAUACAGAUUCUAUUUAUAAAAAUUCCAGGAACUUUAAUGUUGACAUACUUCAAACGAGUAUUACAAAUUCAGAUUAUGGAUUUAUAACUCAAGGUAGUAAUAAUAGUAAUAUACAGAUAUCAAGUAACGGUAAAGAUAAUUUAACAUAUAAUUGUUCAGAAAAAUUUCCCGAUUCUCCUUCAUCAUGUUCAAAGACUGCUUAUGUUGUAUGGACUACCACACCAGAAAUUAUUCGAGAUGAUGAACGAGAAUUAACCAACCAUUCAUUGGAUAAAAUACUAAUACACACAAAUGCUCAACAACAACAAAACUCAAAAGAGCAACAAUUAAUUUUUUCACCAACAACUUCAUAUAUUUCGGCUGCUUUACCAAAUUCACAAGAAAUUAUCUUAAAUAAUGAUACAUUAUUCAAUCAAAAUGAUCUUAGUACACUACUGUCGUCUACAACAUCGUCAUCAACAGUACUAUCUGGACCUAAUUUAUAUAAUCCUGUAAAUGUUGAAUUAGCUGAUAUAAGUAACAAAAUGCAGCCGUUGAGUGAUGCUUCAGAACUGAACUCAAUAGAAGCUCCAACUAAAUCAAACUAUAUUGUAAGUAAAUCACAAAAACCAAAAGAAACUGUACAAUCUUAUGCAUUUUGUACAAAUAUGGCAUAUUGUGAUUCGGUAACAAAUUCACAAAUAUCUAAUAUAUCUACAUUAAUUACGGAUAAUUCAUUACAAGAAUUUACAACAUUAGAUACAGUUUUACAAUCAGUUGAUGCAAAUGAAAAUUUUCUUAAACAUGUUUAUCAUACAACAGAUACCUUAUUACCACAAUCAACAUCAUCAUCAUCACCAUCUCCGAAUACAUGUGUUAUUGUCGAUCAAGAUCAUUUUAGAUUUGGUUCAAAACUUGUUUAUUUUUGUCCUAAUUCAUAUCCAAAUAAUAAUUAAUUAUUUUUCACAUUGAACACCUCAAAUAUAUGAAGAUUAUUAAUGAGAUUUCACAUUCCAUAGUCUUAUCUAAAACAAUGUACACGUAUGUUUAAUAAAUAGAUAACUCAUUAAAUUAAUUGUAUAUUUCAAUAAGAUUAAUGUACAGAAAGAAGGAAAGAAAGAAGGAAAAGAAAAAGAAAAGAAAAGAAGAGAAAAACUAUAUUCUACAUUUUAAUCUGUAUUUAUAAUUGAGUUCUGAUUUUACAAUUAUUUAUUUUAUUUCUAAAUUUAAUUUAAUCAAAAGCGGAAACCAACAUUUUUGUUUUUCUCGUUGUUGUUGUUGCUGUUUUAAAUGUGUUUUAACUUUCAAUUUUGUUUUGUUUUAAACGCUUCAAUUAAUUGAUCAUUUUAAGUAGACCGAAAUUCAUUCAGACCAUAAAAAUAAAAGACAAUGUUCUAUCUAAUUGGUGCAUUUUUAAAUACACACACACAAAGAAAAUGCAACUGUGAUUUAUGAUAAGUUUAACAUUUGUUUGUUUAAAUUGUACUGAAUGUAAACCAGAAAUAAUUUGUCCUUUCAGUUCAUUUGGCAUGUGUGUUUCUUAGCGAGAAAAUGUUUUUUUUCUUUCUUCAGGAAACAGGUAAUUAAAUAGAAGCAACAGUUUGCAUUCACUAAAAUAUUUAAUUAAAUUUCUUUCUGUUAUAAUGCUCGGAGUUUCCUCGUCUAUACGAAUGAGACAUUAAUUUACCUUAGACGAAUAUCUACAUUAGAUUCCCUCCCAGUGUCUGUUCUACAGGACUUCAAUAUAACUCAGAUCAAUAACACGGUAUUAGCCUGUUUAGAAGGUAAAUAUAUUGUUACACCAAAAAAUCAAUAUCAAUCCGACACAAUCAAUAAUAAUAAUAAUAAUAAGAGAAUAUAUAACUCAUCUAACGCCUGUUAAACUGUCUACUAGUCUGACAAAGCGAAUAACCAAUCAUUGUCAUCCUCGCCCACACAUCACUUUGUCGGCUUGCUAGUUAACACUUUUACGUUUCUACAUUCUACUCACAUAGUUUUUAAAUCAAAUUGUGUUACAUGUCAGUUAGUAACAAGUACAUACCGGUGAAAUUCACUGAGAUGCUGUCUAAUUAAUUAUCAUAAAAUCUAUAUGAUCUAAUUCAGCCUUGAUAAUCGUACUGAUCCCUGAAUUCAAAAUCAAUUAGUUUGAGUGUCAUAGCUAUGUCUGUUAAUUGUGAAACAAAUUCAGUAAUGAUAUGCAAACCUAAGCUCGACUAAAAUGUCUGUGAAUUUCUAUAAGAUUCUGAUACAUAUUGGUCAUUUAAACUUUUGUUUCGGUCAUAUUUGUUGAAUUUGAAUAAAAACAGAACGAAUACUGAUACAUAAUAAUGUGAAUUCAUUAUAUUUCAUGAUAUCUAAUCAACAUUAGAUUAAAAACGCAUCCUUUCUUCGGUUUGCCAAAGAGCAAGAGCAAUAAAAACACUUAAACCUGAUUUAUGUAUCUUGAAAGAGAUAGUAAUAAACUUACCACUACCUUGGUGAAUUAUUUUUGUCAGUAUCAAUAUUUUAUUAGUGUUCAUUUUUUCAAGCUGUCUUUCCUUAACUUAUUCUUAUUUUAUGUACACUAUCCCUUCACACGUACGUUUUCAUUCACUUAGUCCUGUUAACUUUUGUAAACUCUUCAAAUCCUGUUCGAUUAUUACGUAACCCGUCUUAUCAAUUUUUAAUUCCAGUAAUCUUAUGUAAACCCUUCAUAACCUUUAAAAUUAUCUAUCUUAUCGAUCUCCGGACAUCAUUUAAUUAAUACUUUACCUACCCCUCAUGUUAUAUAUAUAACACCUGUCAUUCUAAUUCUUUGCCUUAAUUUAAUUAAUUGUUUCAUAUCAUAUCUUACCUUAAUGUUAACGUUCAAUACAUAUAUGGUUGCAAGCAGUUGAUGAGAAACGGCGAAAUAUAAUGAAUUUAUAUUAUACUGCAUCAAUGUUCGUUCUGGCUCUAUUCGAAUUCAUUAGGGGAAAUAAUUGAGUGGUGCUUGUUGAGAGAAGGAUUGGAAAGUUUCUUUCAAGUGUGCUAAUAAAUGAUUGAAUCAAAUCAAUUACCAGAAUAUCAACUAUAUUGUGAUCAUUCAUACCUUAAAGUUACAGUGACCACUGUGUUUACUACUUACUUGUCUGUACAUGAUAAGCAAGCAUUAUUAUCACCUCUCAAAUCGCUAGCAGAUAUUAAUGUGGAAGUAUCAUUGUGUAUAAAUCGUUCAGUCUAUGAAGCCGGGUAAGAUUCGCUUCUAUGUAGGAAAUAUCUUCCUUUGGUAUGUAUUUAUAUUUGAACCGAAUUGUAUUAGUCAGAGAAUUUAGAAAUUAUAUUUACAUUAGAACACUUUUUUCUAUCAGAAUCCAGCAGAUGGACGCAAUCCACUACCGUAGUAUAAACGGUGUAAUUUGAAGAUAAGUAUGUACACCCAUACUUGACAAACAAUUUGCAUUACUUAUAAUUGCUGUUAUUAAUGUAAGUUGAAGUUGGUGAACUUAACGAAAGUGGUGGAUAGAUUGAGAAAAUUGCAAAUAGCUUCUAUGCUAUAGACAUAUAUGAGAAAUUUAUUUGAUUGUAUACGAUGCCUUCCACCUACAGACAAACAAUAGUUUAAAAUGUAUGAAGUAAUCUAGAGAAAUUACACAUAGAAAUAAUGAAUCGACAACUAUCCUAUUUUUGUUUGAAGUGCAUUUAUUAUAUUCGCCAUUUGGCAUUCCAAGAAAAUUAAUUUUCAGAACACAAAUCCGUAAACAUAAAGCAUGUGCUCACUGAUAGCUUAUCUCGUUACAGAAUUAUAUAGUUUCUAGUCUGGGAUUACGAUCUGUGGAGUUUAAUCAUAUCAAGAGUAAGAUUAGAUUAUCCACCACCGACAUUUGUCGAUUACAAAACUAUAUCACAAUUAAAAUAUAACAGAAUUUAUAAACCUAAGGAUUUCAGUUCAGCGACUGAAAAAAUACAGGUUCAACAUGGCGACUAAAUGUUCGAUAUUCAGCCUCUGAUAAAUUCACAAAUCGAAGAGUUUCAGACUAGACCACAACACUUGAUCUAGUGGUUUUCGCUAAUAUUACAAGGAUUUGUGGUGUUGAGGCUAUUUUAAUGCGUGGAAACUAUGGAGCUCUUUGUUAAUGUUAAAUUAAAAUCUCAAUCAUGAGAUUAAUUAAUGUUUUUCAUGUUUUAAAUUUCUUUUCAAUUUGAUUAACAUGUUUGCAUGAUUUCCGAACCACUAGUAAUGUGAAUGUAACAUUAGUGCAUUGAAUAAUUUAUGGAAUACCUGAAUAAGCAAGUAUAACCGUUUUCAAUUCAGUUCAACGUUUUGCCACUGACUUUUAAAUAAUUUGAUUAUUGAGUGUUUAUUUUAGUAUUAUAUAAUGUAUUUAAAGCCGGUUAAUGAAAUGUUCAGUUUAUAGCAGUUUAAAAACCGCCAU